AUUUUGUUAAAAUGACAGAAUUCUUAUAGCAUCUGGGCACAGAUUCAUAUAAAAUAAACAAUGAAUAAUAGAAUGAUAAUAAUUGUAAAGUAUAGAAAUUUCCUAAUGGUGUUACUUACUUAAUGAAUUAUUAAGAAGGAUUCCAAUUAGAGCUACAAAAUAGUAUACUAAAAAAUAUUUACUUGUAUGGAAAUCAUGACAAGUAAUUCAAACUUUAUAAAGGUGAUUUACCAUUAGGAAUAACAUUUACUAUGUGCAAUGCAGUAUAUUAAAUUUACAUUACAUUAGCAUAUAGUUGCUAAGUUUGGUGAACCCACAAGUAAAUAAGGAGGUGGCCCAAUAAAUAUAGGCAUUAGCUACGAUCAUCUUGGCAUUGAAAUAACCUUUCAAACUAAAACUUGGGACUAGCCUAAUGUAGCAAUAGAUUAAAUUAUUUUGUAUGAGCCUGCAAAGUAAACAAUCUGCGGAAUUUGCAAAAAAAAUGGAGAUUUAAGAUGUGGAUAGUGUAAGUUAGUCUAUUAUUGUGGAGUUGAUUGUCAAAAGACGCAUUGGAAAUAGCAUAAAGGAUUUUGUAAGUGAGAUUAGUG